AUGGAUGAUCCACCAAUCGAACUCCAAGAAAGGCCACGAAAUCGAGCUUUUAUGAAAAAAGUGCUGAUCGUUGUGGCACUGCUUUUCGUGAAUCUUCUUAACUACAUGGAUAGAUUUACGAUAGCCGGCGUUUUGUCGCAACUACAAGAUUAUUUCACGAUGAAUGAUAAAGAAGCGGGCAUGUUACAAACAGUUUUCAUCAUUUUCUAUAUGAUUGGAGCACCAAUUUGCGGAUAUUUGGGCGAUCGGUACAACAGAAAGAUGAUCAUGGUAACCGGGCUCUCGAUUUGGAUCAUUGCUGUGUUCUCAAGCAGUUUUGUUACAAAAAAUCACUUCUGGGUUUUCCUUUUCUUGAGAGGAAUCGUUGGCAUCGGUGAAGCCUCUUACUCGACAGUUGCUCCCACUUUGAUUGCUGAUAUUUUCGCGGGUGCCGAUCGAUCUACCGUACUUAUGAUUUUCUAUUUCGCUGUUCCAGUUGGAAGUGGACUUGGAUACAUUGGAGGAGCUUAUGUGUCGUUGUGGUUCGGCGGAUGGCAAUGGGGUGUCCGAUUUACACCGAUACUGGGAGUCUUAUGCCUUAUCCUGCUCAUUGUAUUCAUCGAAGAGCCAACUCGAGGAGCUUCAGAGCACGCUCAUGUCGAGAGCUCCUCGAUUCGCCAAGAUCUCGCCUAUCUUUGGUCGAUAAAAACAUAUCGACUGAACACAGUGGCUUUCACUUGUGUCGUUUUUGCGGUGGGAGCUUUGUCAUGGUGGGCGCCGACUCUGAUCACUCAUGCGUAUGCCAUUCAACACGGUGAGCCUGAUGUGCCACCUUCCGAGAAAGCAAAUAUCUCCUUGAUCUUUGGUCUAAUAACUUGCUUUGCUGGAAUCGUUGGAGUUGUCGUCGGGUCAACGGUGGCUCAGGCUUGGAGAGAAGGUCGAUGGGGUUUAAAAGCCACACAUACAGCUGAUCCCAUUGUGUGUGCAGUGGGGAGUCUUCUCGCGAUGCCUUGUCUCUACACUUGUCUCAUCACCGCUGCUCAUCAUAUCAACACCGCAUGGGUUCUUAUGUUCAUCGGGGUGACUUGCAUGUGUUUGAAUUGGUCAGUCAACAUGGAUAUGCUUAUGUACACAGUCGUUGCGAAUCGUCGAGCCACAGCAACAGCCAUUCAGACAUUGAUCUCGCAUUUGUUCGGCGAUGCCUCAUCUCCAUAUGUGAUUGGAAACAUUAGUGAUAUGCUACGAGGAGAUGCUACUACACAAAUCGAUGCCUUUUUCGCUUUACAAAAGGCUCUAUUCUUGACAGCAUUUGUCUUGAUUGGAUCAGGCGCUUUCUAUCUAUGGGCUUCAUUUCAUGUUGUUGAAGAUCACUGCAAUGCGAAACGAGCUAUGGGAGCCACUGAUGAAUGGGUGGAUGAAGAGGCAGACGAUGUAGAGACACUGAUUCACAAUGUUCGAAGAAGCAGUACUGAGGAU